CAAUGGUGUCAGAAAAUGUUAUCACAUGAUGCAGUUGGUCCAAUUGUAAUCCUUUAUGACCACGCUGAAUUGCACUUUCAUUUUUAUUGUCUAUCUAAUGCGACAGUGUUUGUACGUAGAAAUUUGUUACUCUUAUACAGUUUAUACUAUCUAAGAAGAGAUUCUACAAAUAUGCAGAUUUUUGUCAAGACUCUUACUGGAAAAACCAUCACCCUAGAGGUUGAGCCAUCCGACACAAUUGAAAAUGUGAAAGCCAAAAUUCAAGACAAAGAAGGAAUUCCUCCAGAUCAGCAACGUUUGAUAUUUGCAGGAAAGCAAUUGGAAGAUGGACGUACCCUGUCAGACUACAACAUACAAAAGGAGUCCACACUACAUCUUGUGUUGCGCCUCCGUGGUGGCAUGCAAAUCUUUGUCAAAACUCUUACUGGCAAAACCAUCACCCUGGAAGUUGAGCCAUCGGACACUAUUGAAAAUGUGAAAGCCAAAAUCCAAGACAAGGAAGGCAUCCCUCCAGAUCAACAACGUUUGAUCUUUGCAGGAAAGCAGUUGGAAGAUGGACGUACACUGUCUGACUACAACAUCCAAAAGGAGUCUACUCUCCAUCUUGUGUUGCGUCUCCGUGGUGGCAUGCAAAUCUUCGUCAAAACCCUGACUGGCAAAACCAUCACCUUGGAAGUUGAGCCAUCAGACACAAUUGAAAAUGUUAAAGCUAAAAUCCAAGACAAAGAAGGCAUCCCUCCAGAUCAGCAACGUUUGAUCUUUGCAGGAAAGCAGUUGGAGGAUGGACGUACAUUGUCCGACUACAACAUACAAAAGGAGUCCACUCUACAUCUUGUGUUGCGUCUCCGAGGUGGCAUGCAAAUUUUUGUCAAAACUCUUACUGGCAAAACCAUCACCCUGGAGGUUGAGCCAUCAGACACCAUUGAAAACGUGAAAGCUAAAAUUCAAGACAAGGAAGGCAUUCCUCCAGAUCAGCAACGUUUGAUUUUUGCAGGUAAGCAGUUGGAAGAUGGACGUACACUGUCUGACUACAACAUCCAAAAGGAGUCUACUCUCCAUCUUGUGUUACGUCUCCGUGGUGGCAUGCAAAUCUUCGUCAAAACCCUGACUGGCAAAACCAUCACCUUGGAAGUUGAGCCAUCGGACACAAUUGAAAAUGUUAAAGCUAAAAUCCAAGACAAGGAAGGCAUCCCUCCAGAUCAGCAACGUUUGAUCUUUGCAGGAAAGCAGUUGGAGGAUGGACGUACCUUGUCCGACUACAACAUACAAAAGGAGUCCACUCUACAUCUUGUAUUGCGUCUCCGAGGUGGCAUGCAAAUCUUUGUCAAAACCCUGACUGGCAAAACCAUCACUUUAGAAGUGGAGCCAUCGGACACAAUUGAAAAUGUAAAAGCAAAAAUUCAAGACAAGGAAGGCAUCCCUCCAGAUCAGCAACGUUUGAUCUUUGCAGGAAAGCAGUUGGAAGAUGGACGUACCUUGUCCGACUACAACAUACAAAAGGAGUCCACUCUACAUCUUGUGUUGCGUCUCCGAGGUGGUAUGCAAAUCUUUGUCAAAACUCUUACUGGCAAAACCAUCACCCUGGAGGUUGAGCCAUCAGACACCAUUGAAAAUGUGAAAGCUAAAAUUCAAGACAAGGAAGGCAUUCCUCCAGAUCAGCAACGUUUGAUCUUUGCAGGAAAGCAGUUGGAGGAUGGACGUACGCUGUCUGACUACAACAUACAAAAGGAGUCCACUCUCCAUCUUGUGUUGCGUCUCCGAGGUGGUAUGCAAAUCUUUGUCAAAACUCUUACUGGCAAAACCAUCACCCUGGAGGUUGAGCCAUCAGACACCAUUGAAAACGUGAAAGCUAAAAUUCAAGACAAGGAAGGCAUUCCUCCAGAUCAGCAACGUUUGAUUUUUGCAGGAAAGCAGUUGGAGGAUGGACGUACGCUGUCUGACUACAACAUACAAAAGGAGUCCACUCUCCAUCUUGUGUUGCGUCUCCGAGGCGGUUGUUAAAUUUGUGAUACAUUAUUGUGCGUUUAAUAAAGGCUGAAUAUAAGCUAAAUAAAUAACCAAGAUAAUUGUUUAAACAACAAAAAUAAUGAGAUUUAGCAGAGUUAGUAAUGUGUUACAGUAUUUUAAUAUGCACUGUAUCGUUGCAAUUUUACAGUUGAAUAUGGGAAAGUGCUUUACGUUGAAUGAUUAAAAGAAAAGAAUUUAAUAUUGAAUAAAAAGAAAAUAAUUUGAAAUAGUAAUCAAGAUUAAUAAAGUAUAUCCCUAUGUGUUCAUUCUACUUCAGUUAAAGAUGUACAGUACUAUCAGUCAUGAGGUAAAGAGAUAAAAAAUUAUAUAGUAAUUCCACAUUUUAAUUGCUUAAUUUGUAUAUUGAAUUAAUUUAUUUUAAAAAAUCCUAUCAAUUUUCAGACAGUUAAAUAAUAAAUUUCCUGUAUUCUUUGCAUUUAAUAGAUCCUUAAAUUGGUUGGUAUACAAUUUAAGGAUUUUACUGUAUAUUGUAAAUUGGUGAAAACUACUUUUUUUAAUCUGCUUCUUGUUGGAAGCUAAUGUAAUCCAAAUGAGCUAUUCAAUUUUUUUGGAAUGUUUGAGGUAGUUUCACAUCUAUUUGACUGAUAGUACAUCUGUAAAGUGGAGAGAGAGUGUUGUAGGAAGUUUGUUUGCACUAAUAACAUGUACAAAUAUAACAA